GGAAUCAAGUUUUUAUAUUCUCAAUUAAACACCACAUAAAUAGGGGUACUACGUUCAAUUGGUCCUUUUCAAAAACAAGUAGUUUUUAAUAAUGAAAACUGCUAAUUAAUUAAAAGAAAGUCAAUUUUCAGUUGCCUACUCAACGCCAACCCUUGUACUAUGAAGAGAACAAAGUUUCAUUCCCAUUCAUAAUUCUUCUCAAUAACAAUCUACUUCCACGAUAACUCUUUAUUAUUUUUUUCCGGUUCUAAUUUCAUGGAUUUCCCGGAAAAUCGAUUUUCCGGCUUAAUUCCGGCGAGUUUCGGUGCCGUUGUUAACUCAUCAUGUCCUAUUUUAGGCUUAAUCGCAAGCCUUUCUCCGGUCGCCGGCGCUGCGAUUUUAAUCGCAAGUGUUGCAGUACCGGGUUUUUUUUUCAUGAAGAAAAACAAAAAUGAAAUUCCUAAUCAACGGCACAAUGCCCCAGGCGAGUUGACUGACGAUUUUGUUGGAGGACGUAUAAGUGAGAUAGUUGUCAAUCCUGAUGCUGAAUAUGCAGAAGAGUUACAGCUUCAAGAAACUUUAGCAGCCUCACUUUACACUGGUCAGAGCAGUAAUAAUGCAUCUAUAUCUGUUCAAGGACUUUUGUCCGAAACAGAGAUGUUGAAUCUUGAAAAAAAAGAUGGCGAUCUACUUAACAACUUCUGUGAGAUUUGCUUGGAUAACAAAGAAAGCUGGGAGAUGUUUGAAAAUGACGGUUGUUCUCAUUCCUUCUGUUAUGAGUGCACAAGCAAGCAUAUUAUGGCAAGGAUUUCACAGAAAGCAAAAGUGAUUGGUUGCCCUGGAGUAAGAUGUGGUGCUGCUUUUAAUGUUUAUAUUUGUAGGUUCAUGAUUCCGGAAGAGGCACGAAUCCAGUGGGAUGAAUCAGUAUGUCAGUCAAUGAUUCUUGACUCCCAAAAGGUGUACUGCCCUUUCCGUGAUUGCUCAGCUCUGUUGGUAAAUGAUUCUGAGGAGAGUAUAAACGAGACGAAAUGUCCUUUGUGCAAGAGAUCAUUCUGUGCAGCAUGUCGAGUUCCAUGGCAUCCAGAAUUUACAUGCAAAGAGUUCCAGAAACUGAAUGGCAAAAAAGGGAGCAAAGGGGAAGACUUUUUGAAGACACUUGCCAUGAAGAAAAACUGGCAGAAAUGUCCUAAUUGUAAAACAUUUGUUGAGAAGACACAGGGAUGCAUUCACAUGACUUGCAGGUGUGAAUAUCAGUUCUGCUACAGAUGUGGUGUAAAAUGGACUAAAUCUCACGUUUGCCCUAAAAAGUGAUCCUAUGCUGGAAGCUCCAUAAGAUAUUUCCGGGGUCAUCAAUCGAUGAAGCUCCCUUUAGGGUCAGUUAGCUAAUAGUAAAUGUAGGUCUCAAUUACUUGAAACUUUUGGAAGGAAGAUGCUUAUGAUGUAUAUAACAAUCUGGACUUUUAGUUUUUUUCCAUGGUAAGUACUAACUUGCAGUGUUGAGUAAUGUAAUAGCUUUUGCUUA